UUCUUCGAGUCACGGUUUCUUCGGAGCACAUUCUGUGCGGACGGGUGUUUGUAUCCUCCGGUGGCUAACGUUAGCUGAUACACGCUGUGAACUCAUCGUCAAGGCGGAUUAACAAACGCUUGGACCAGGAUGGACGGUGAAGAGAGAACUUAUGGUGGCUGUGAAGGGCCCGAUGCCAUGUAUGUGAAGCUGAUCUCUUCAGAUGGCCAUGAAUUCAUCGUGAAAAGAGAACACGCCUUAACAUCAGGCACAAUCAAAGCCAUGUUAAGCGGACCAGGACAGUUUGCUGAAAAUGAAACCAAUGAAGUCAACUUCAGGGAGAUCCCUUCUCAUGUCCUGUCCAAGGUCUGCAUGUAUUUCACCUACAAGGUCCGGUACACCAACAGCUCCACCGAAAUCCCAGAAUUCCCCAUUGCUCCGGAGAUCGCACUGGAACUGCUGAUGGCCGCAAACUUCUUGGAUUGCUAAAGCGAAAAAAAAAUAAUGUAUAAGUUUCACACUUCUUUUUUUUUUUUUUUUGUUCAAUAUUUAAAUUGUAUUCCUGUCACCCUCACGUGAAAUCUUUUUUGUGUUUUCAGUUGUUUCUUUCAUCCCUGUCAUAUUUUCAUUAGUAUUAAAAGACUUCAUCUAAUAGAAAACAUGAAUAUGGCAGACAAAAUAUGUGACAGGCGCCCCCUCUCAGCAGAACAUUUUCCUCUGCUCUCCAUCCGAAUAAAGACCUAUUUGGU